AUGGCUGGUUUGCUCUUUCCUGUGGGUCGUGUCUACAGGCUCCUUAAGAGAGGUGGCUAUGCUGACAGGGUUGGUCCUGGCUCUGCCAUCUACCUGGCUGCGGUGCUGGAGUACCUGACAGCAGAGAUCUUGGAGCUGGCAGGGAACGCUGCACGGGAAAACAAGAAAUCCAGGAUCCUGCCCCGGCACAUCCAGCUGGCUGUGAGAAAUGAUGAGGAGCUGAACAAGCUCUUCUCCUGUGUGACCAUUGCUCAAGGAGGGGUGCUACCCAAUGUUCUUCCUGAGCUUCUGCCUAAGAAGACCACAUCUCUUAAGCCACCCCACAAAAGUGUCCGGUCACAGGAGUUCUAG